AUUUACAAUUUUUAUUAUUCAUUAUUCAGUGUUUAUUGUUUUGAAUACAGGAAAAUCAGAGAAUUACAUUGAUGUAGUAAAGUGGACAACCUUGAUGAGUCAACAAUAAUAUAAUUGGUUAUUAAAUUCUACAAAAUAAACAAAAAAAUUUGUUAAAAUAUUAAUUAACUAUUCGUUAAAAUAUAAAAAAUAUUAUGAAUAAACUGCAAGUGAUAAGUGUAUUAAUUGUAAUUUUAUGGAGUUCAAAUUUGGGAUACACUCAAGACAUUGCCUUUCCAGAAGAAGAACCGGUUAAGGAGUUUGUAAACAAAGAUAAACGGCAGCCAAUUUAUAUUCCUGGAAAAUGUGCACCAAACGAAUUAUACUAUCCAGGUGAUAAUCAAGAUGAUUGGAUAUGUGAUUGCGCUCCAGGUGCCUUAUAUUAUCCGCCAAACGACACUUGUUACAAAGCCUAUAGACAAGGACCAUGUCCACAAGGUGAAUACAUAGUGUUAGUACCUGGAAAAGCAAUACCUGAAUGUAAAAAGAAUCCAUGCAGAAGAGAUAACUAUGUACAACUUAAUGGAAUAUGCCAUCAACUUGGUAAAGCAGGAGGACCAUGUCGUCCAGUGAGUGAAGGAGGUGGUACAUUAGGUAUCAAUCUGACGACUCUAGAAAUUGAAUGUUUAGUUGGUUUCGAUAAUAACUUAUCAUUAUUCAAAGUACCACCAAAAGAAUGUCCACCUGGAAGUCGGCGAAAUUCAAAAGGAAAAUGUCGAGAAGAGGCAUAAAUUGUGCUUUAUUUAAUGUGAGAAUAUUUCCUUUCUACUAUAAGUUUUAUAACAGUUAAUUUAAUUGACCUAAAGUAUUUUAAUUGUGAUUAAUUAAAUUGAAAUUUUAAUUUUUUUUUUUAUAAGCUUAGUAUAUUGAUAAUCGAAACGAAUAUAAACAGGAUAAAACGAAAUUCUGAAAUAAAUUAUUUAAUCUAAA